AUGCAUAUGUUGAAAGCUGAAUUUGCAAUGAGAUUUUGGACUCUUUGCUUACCAGAUGAGUUCAUUGUCUUUAUACAUCUUCUAACUCCAAAUAUCUUCCACUCUAAUCUUCUGAGAUGCUUUGGCAAGGAGUCAACAUCUACUGCAGUUAGCUCGAAAUUUGUUGAGGAGAGUGCAAAAUUGGUAUAUGGAGAGGAUUCAGAUAUUAUAAAAGAAGGGAGGUUUGCUGGAAUUCAGGCUCUCUCUGGAACCAGUGCAUGUCGUCUCUUUGCUGAGUUCCAGAAACUAUUUUUCCCAGAUUCAAGAAUAUAUUUGCCUGAUCCAACUUGGUCCAAAAUGCGCCAGAUGGUUCUUUCUUCUUACUUCAUCCUUGUACCCAUAACCCUACGCUUUGACACUGCAUACUUCAAAAACUUGGUGAAACAAAGGGGACUACUCACCUCAGAUCAAGCACUUUUCAAUGGUGGCUCAACUGAUAAACUUGUAAAGACUUACAGCAUGAACCCUGAAGCUUUUUGGGAUGAUUUUGCAAAGUCUAUGAUUAAGAUGGGAAACAUUAAGUCAUUGACUGGGAAGAAAGGACAAAUUCGUGUCAACUGCAGGAGGGUAAAUUGA